GGAGUACCACAAUUGGGCCUCAGCUUGGGCUUCGUAAAGCGUUCUAAUAGUAAUUGGGUCUCAUCAUCCCCUAAUCAAUUGAAAGUUGAAACCCUAGAAUCCCAAAUUGGCCCCAAAUUCCGUUAGUCUGAUACAUCUUACUGAGAAUUGUUCUUCAACUCCAUAACCGAAGAGGUAGAGAGAGCUUGCGGGGAUGAGAGGGCUACGAAGAUUGCUUGGACGAAGUCUUUCGUCUCACAGAAGAUGCCAACCUCCUCGGCAUCGCAAUGGCACCCAGUUCAUCUCUCGCCGAACCUAUUUCCUAUCUGCUUAUUCAGCUCCCACGACGUCGUACCUGGCUCACAACAACUCCCCCUUUUCCGACGCAUCUCCUUUCAAUUCUCUGAAAUGGGGCAUUCUCGGCGGGCAGAAGAGAAGCAUGUUUAUCCAAACUCAAUCCACACCUAACCCUGCAUCUCUAAUGUUUUAUCCUGGGAAGCCCGUUAUGGAAGUUGGCAGUGCAGACUUCCCGAAUGCUCGUUCGGCCAUGAAUUCACCACUUGCCAAAGCCCUUUAUGGAAUUGAUGGAGUCACUCGAGUGUUUUAUGGAUCAGAUUUCGUUACUGUAACAAAAUCUGAAGAUACUUCUUGGGAUCUAUUGAAGCCUGAAAUCUUUGCAGCAAUCAUGGAUUUUUAUUCUUCUGGGCAGCCACUCUUUCUAGACGAAAAAGCUGCAUCAGCAAUGGACACGGCUAUUCAAGAAGAUGAUUCAGAAAUCGUUGCAAUGAUAAAAGAAUUGUUGGAGACUCGCAUCCGACCAGCAGUGCAAGAUGAUGGUGGGGACAUUGAGUAUAGGGGAUUUGAUCCAGAAACUGGAACAGUGAAAUUGAGAAUGCAAGGAGCGUGUAGUGGCUGCCCAAGCUCAUCAGUCACCCUGAAAUCUGGAAUUGAGAAUAUGCUCAUGCACUAUGUACCUGAGGUCAAAAGUGUAGAGGAAGAGCUAGAUCCUGAUGAUGAAAAUGCAGCUCUAGCAGGUCAGAUGGAGUAGGAGUUUAUAAUUUUGUGCUUGAGCGGCGAAUGGUGAGCUAAAGCGGGACUUCGGGUGUGCUUUCCUCUGUGUACAUAAGCAAAUAAAUAAGCUGUUAUACUCAAUUUAUUGAUUGUUUGCCUCUUAUGGAAUCAUCAAUGUAGUAAAAUGCAUGUUAAAAUAAAUUUUGAGCUUUGUAAGAACAUUGUAUAACGGGAACAAUGAUUCGUCCACUGUUACCAAUUAAAUUUUGGAAACUUUAACGAAAAGCA